AUGACACUCUCACAGUUCCUUGAUCAAUCCCUAAAGGAAAAGCGACCAUCUGAGAUUGUAUACGUCUCACUUGGGGCAUUUGUGGCUGUCAAGGUUUUGGUUAAUAUUCUCAAGGAUGGUAAUAUCAUUAAUCGGCUUAAUUUGGCAAAAUGGCGAGUUGUACGUGCAAUAGCGUCACCAAUUAUUAACCGAGAAGUGAAGAAAACAUCAAAAAGUUUUAAAAUGCCAUCGAAGAAAGGUGAAUUUAAAGCUACAAAACUACCAGAAAAGGAAUCAACAGAUGAUGAAAUUCUUCAAUUAGUAAAAGAGUUUCAUCAGGAUUUGGAUCAACCUUAUGAAAGAGGAGGUCUUAGUGGGACUGUAUAUCAUGGAGGGGCAUCGCACACACGACUGAUUAAUCGAGUUAUGGAAAUCUUUCAAUGGAGUAAUCCUCUUCAUUCAGACGUAUUUGGAGCUACUCGUAAAAUGGAGGCGGAAGUUGUAUCUAUGGUAGUUCAUAUGUUUAACGGUCAUCUUCUCCCGGAUGCUUGUGGAGCUGUGACUUCUGGAGGUACAGAGAGUAUAUUAAUGUCACUCAAAUCGUACAGAGAUUGGGGACGUAAAACACGAGAUAUUAAACAUCCUUCUGUCAUUGUUCCUAUUACUGCUCAUCCUGGAUUUGAUAAAGCUGCAGAAUAUUUUGGUAUUAAAUUAAUAAAAGUACCAGUAGAUCCAGUAACAAAACGGGUGGAUGCGAAGGAAAUGGAAAAAUAUAUCACAUAUGAUACUGUUGCUCUUGUUGGUUCAGCUCCUACAUUUCCUCAUGGUGUUAUUGAUCCUAUUCCUGAAUUGGCAGAAAUAGCCUAUCGACAUGAUAUUGGUCUUCAUGUGGAUUGUUGUCUUGGUGGUUUUAUUGUUCCUUUUAUGGAAAAAGCUGGAUUCCCUGUUCCUGUAGUAGAUUUUCGUCUUCCAGGAGUUACAAGUAUUAGUUGUGAUACACAUAAAUAUGGAUAUGCCCCUAAAGGAACUUCAACUAUUUUAUACCGAACAAUGGAAUUACGAUCUUUUCAAUUUUGUUGUGUGGCUGACUGGCCAGGUGGUAUUUAUUGUUCACCUGCUGUAAGUGGUUCUAAACCUGGAAAUGUAAUCGCCGGUGCCUGGGCAGCAAUGAUCCGUAUGGGUGAAGAAGGAUAUGUGAAGAGCUGUAAAAAAAUAAUAGAAACACGAAUCAAAAUUACAGAUGCACUUUCCAAAUUACCAUGUAUUCAGAUUAUUGGGGAUCCAACAGUUUCUGUAUUUGCCUUUAACAGUGAUAAGAUUGAUAUAUUUACUCUUGGAGAUCGAUUGGGUAAACUUGGUUGGGCACUUAACCGUCUUCAAUUUCCAUCUGGUCUUCAGUUUUCUUUAACACUUCUGCAAACUCGGGAUGGAGUGGCACAGCAGUUUAUUCAUGAUGUAACUGUUAUUGCUAGUGAAAUGUAUGCAGAACUUCAGCAACAAGAAGAAAAAGAAGGGAUAAAAAUUAAAAAGAAUGAUACGGGAGGAACUGUGUACGCAUCUCAACAACGAAUAAGUGACCGAACCAUUGUUAAAGAUGUGCUACGAGAGUUCCUUAAUCAAUAUUACAGCACUGACCAUUAA